AUGGGGGCGACAGCAACCGGAAGCGAGGCGGGCCGCGGCACUCGCCGCGCGCGAGGGGGGCUCGGAGCGAACCAUUGGCCGGGGGGGGGUCUGGGUGCAGCCGCCUGCUGCCCAACCGAAGCGGCGCCGCUGCCCCAGCCCUCGCCGCGCCGCUGGCCGGUGACUGUUCGGUCACCGGGUCGGCGCCUCUCUCUCCCGGCCCCGGCCCCGGCCCCACGCGGAGGGGACGGGAAGGCUGGCCGUGGCCCGCGGCGCUCCCGUGCAGGGACGCCUGGCUCUCGGGCCCGGAGCCUCGGGGACACACGGGAGGAGAACCACCGCGCCUCCGUGGCCCCAGCCCCGAGGCCGGGCCGGGCCCGCGAGCCCGCCGAGGGCGCCCCGCGCUGCAGAGCGGCCCCUCCCCCUUGGGCUCUGUUUCUGGUUUGCUUGUGGUGCUGGGAAUCGAACUCAGGACUCUGCGCUUGCCCGCAGGCGCGUGGCCGCCCAGCUAGAUCCCCGGCCCCGGCCUCUGCUUCUCGAGUCGCCCUGCCUGAUGCUCAAGGCCCUGGCAAGGGUCUGCGUCGCACCCAGCCGCCGACGCCUGCCCUGAGAUCCUGGAGCAAUCGCGGAGCUCCUGACCAGAACGGCCUUCACCUGGCCCGUGUCCUGCGCCUCGUUCUCCCUUGCUGGAUGAAGUCCAAAGUCUUACGCCAGGCUAAACACCUGAUAAUCUGCCUUCCGGGUUCUGACCGUCUCCCUGCAUCCUCGCAGACCCCGAGCUUUAGUUGUACCACACUGCUGGCCGUCACCCAGCGUCCCCCCAAGCGGUGCCUCACUCCUGCGCGGCUCUGCGUGGGCUGUUCCCUCCCAUUCGCCUGAGGACUUCUAAUGUUCCUUAAGUCUCUCUCUAAACCCCUUCUUAAUGCCCUCUGGCAGUGUCAAGAUACUUUCUUUAUGCUUCCAAAGUACUGUGUGUGUAUCUCUCAUUAUGUUGUAAUGCCCCGAUUACUUAUCUCCUCUAAUGAGGGAGUGGCGGCCAGGAAUUCUGGCCACAAAAGCCUUUGGUAUUCUAUAGGUACCCAGUAAGUGUUUGUGAAGUGACUUAACACUUGAGGCUAACAUCCCUGCUGGACACAGCUGAGAGGUCCAAGAACAAUAAUAACCAGGAGCUAAAGCAAUCCUCUGCUGGAGUUGCUGUU